UUUUAUCCGGUCGGGUGGAUUAAACCGGUUCUUCAAGCAUUCUCGUAUCUGAAGAUUUCAGGGUUUUUGGUCCCAUUGCUUCACUCCUUGUUGAAAUUUCCUAAUCGGAAGUUAUUAAAGCUUAAAUCUUUUUUGGUUUUUUGUUUUUUGGGUGUGUGAAAUUGGUUGUAAUGUGCAGCAGAGAUUGGUUGGUGCCUGUGAAAGCCGAACAAAGCAAAUCAGCACAAAAUUCGAAGACGCGGACUCGAGACAAUAACGGCAGCGAAGCGAUGGCUGCUGAUCACUUACCACCGUCUACGACGGAACAAGCCAAUGAAGAAGUUGAUAACUCGAACCUCACCACUUGUCCUGUUGGAUAUGACGAGGCCACUAGCGAAGCUUACAUGUGUUGGAAUCGAAAAAUUGGAGAUAUCCAAUGAGUAGUCCGGCUUAUGAGUAAAUUGUAUUGUCGUCUUAGAGAUUUAAUUAGCAGCAUUGUACCGUUUCGUUUCAAGUUCAACGAUGGCGCCAGGAGCAUAUUAUGGACUUGGUGCCUACUACUUGAACACAAAGCUGUCGCUUACUGGAGAUGUUGCUACUGAUGGUACACUAACUGCGAGAGUGAAAGCGGUUGUAACUGAUAAGUUGACUGUGAGGGCAGGUACAAAGGCUCUAAACUGCAGAGCUCAAUUUCAACUCGGGAACAAUGGUCUAACUGCAGCAACAUAUAUCCAGAUAAAUUUGCUACACUUAGUUCUGUUCUAAGUUUUCUCAACUCUUUCUCAUUUGAUUUAAUGCCACUAUUAUUAAUUGUUUCUGUAUUGUUUAAUUAGUAUUUGCAAAUUCUUUGUA